ACCUUCCACUCACUACACACAAUUUGGAGAGAUUAGCGCGCAGGCAGCGGUAAUCUGGUUUCAGGACCACGGCCAGAGAAACCGUUUGGCCACGAAUCCUGUCGAAAGUUGCCUCCAGAACGGUGUGAACCUAAAGCGGACACCACAGAGUGUGAAGAAGGUUAAUUUGGACGUUAAAGACUCAAAGUGGGACUGACAAUGUGUGCUCGGUGAUUUUAAAGGCUUUUAAAACAGAUUAAAUCUCACUCUCGCUGGCUACAGAUUCCACUGCACAGGGAACUGCGGGUUAAGGGAGUUAUUCACCAAAAUCAAGUUGUUAUUUUAUUUUAUUGUAUUUUUUUUUUAAUUUAUUUUUUAUGUGUGAGUGAGAAACAAGGGGCGGAGGUAGUAGAGGAGAAGGCUGUGCGCUCAAUCGGGAGCGCGCAAAGUCUGCACAUUGGUCGGAUCCUGGAGUCGUGAGGAUGGAGAUCCGGCCGGACAGGGUUAAGGUCGUGGCGGCCAGGACUCUCGGGAAAAUAUACGGAGCUCUUGAGAAGAAGCAGGAAAAUGGCGAGACGAUCGAGUUGUCGGCGGAGGGCCGGCCGGAGAUGGUGGAAGAGAAGGAGAUGCCCGUAGUGGACUGCACAUGCUUCGGCCUGCCCAGGCGCUACAUCAUCGCCAUCCUCUCUGGCAUCGGCUUCUGCAUCUCCUUUGGUAUCCGAUGUAACUUGGGCGUGGCCGUCGUCAGCAUGGUCAACAGCCACACCAUCUUCAGAGGCGACAAAGAGAUCAUAGUGAAAGCUCAGUUUGACUGGGAUCCAGAAACAGUGGGAAUGAUCCAUGGCUCCUUCUUCUGGGGAUACAUAGUAACCCAAAUCCCAGGAGGCUUCAUCUGUCAAAAGUUUGCAGCAAACAGAGUGUUUGGCUUUGCUAUAGUGGCCACGUCUUGCCUGAAUAUGCUCAUCCCUGCAGCCGCACGGGUGCAUUUCGGCUGUGUUAUCCUUGUCAGAAUAUGUCAAGGACUCGUGGAGGGGGUUUCAUAUCCAGCCUGUCAUGGCAUUUGGGCAAAAUGGGCACCACCUCUUGAAAGAAGUCGCCUGGCCACAACAGCCUUUUGUGGAUCUUAUGCUGGUGCUGUGAUUGCCAUGCCAUUAGCUGGAAUCCUAGUCCAGUACUCGGGAUGGUCAUCAGUCUUCUACGUCUAUGGAACUUUUGGCAUCAUGUGGUAUUGCUUCUGGAUCCUGGUGUCUUAUGAAAGUCCAGCAGCCCAUCCCACCAUCACUGAGGAGGAGCAAAAAUAUAUUGAGGAAAGCAUUGGCCAAUCCUCACAACAUGCAGUAACGAAAUUCAACACACCGUGGAGGUGCUUCUUUACGUCCAUGCCAGUGUACGCCAUCAUUGUGGCAAAUUUCUGCAGAAGCUGGACUUUCUACUUGCUUCUCAUCAGCCAGCCUGCAUACUUCGAGGAGGUGUUUGGGUUUGAGAUUAGCAAGGUGGGCAUAGUUUCUGCACUUCCUCACCUUGUCAUGACCAUUAUCGUGCCCAUUGGUGGCCAGAUUGCUGACUAUCUGCGCACCAACCAAAUCAUGACCACCACUAACGUCAGGAAACUUAUGAACUGUGGAGGGUUUGGGAUGGAGGCAACCCUGCUGCUGGUGGUGGGCUUCUCUCAUACAAAGGUUGUUGCCAUCACAUUCCUGGUCCUGGCUGUGGGUUUCUCAGGCUUUGCAAUUUCAGGUUUCAAUGUCAACCACCUGGACAUUGCACCGCGCUAUGCUAGUAUCCUUAUGGGUAUCUCCAACGGUGUGGGCACUUUGUCUGGUAUGGUUUGCCCACUUAUAGUUGGUGCCAUGACAAAGCAUAAGACGCGGGAGGAGUGGCAGGGGGUGUUUCUUAUCGCCUCGCUUGUUCAUUAUGGAGGUGUCAUAUUCUACGGCCUCUUUGCAUCUGGAGAGAAGCAAUAUUGGGCAGAGCCGGAGGAGCGGAGUGAUGAGAAAUGUGGCAUCCUGGAUGAGGAUGAGCUUGCAAACGAGACGGAAGAGCUGUAUCGCACAAGUGGCGGGGGAGGCUACGGAGCCAUGAACCAGGGAGCGGAUCCCAACGGCGCCGGAGGCAUGGGGGGAGGAGGAGGCUGGGUCUCAGACUGGGACAAAACUGAGGAGUAUGUCCAACCAGCCGGAACCAAUAGUUACCUUUAUGGAGGAGAGGGGGAUCAAGGGUUAACAUAAAACCAGCAGAUCUUCUGCCCCUAGCCUUUAGUGAGGCAGAAACAGUACAUCGACAGUGUGGAGUUUCACCUAAUGGCAUGAAGAACUUUGAAAGUGCGGAUUUAAAAACGAAUGUGGGAGGGGACCAUUUUCAACAAGUCUGACUGUAUUAUCUGAACUUAACUGAAUUCAAAGAGACUCCACAGUGGAGGUGAAGACAUUAGUAAAUGUAAAAUGUGUGUUUGUGCGUGCAAUUGUGUACCUUGUGUGACAAUUUAAAUAACUUAAUUUAGGACUCUUCGCCCUCUCUGCAAUCUGUUUUGGGGGCGACUUGUGUUUUAGGCCUGCUGUGGCUUUUUUGAUGUUUAUGGACUGUAAUAAUUGUAGACGUUUCUAUAUUAUCUGACAGGAUUUCAUUUCUAUGCCUCUAACUUAUAAUUUAAUUAUUACAAAUCCUUAGGCACACAUUAGAUGCAAGCGCAGUUCUAUUGUUGGGUGAAAACCUAUUGAGUUUGAUUAAUUGGGUUUAAAAAAGUUUCAUAAAAAGUUGUUGAAUUUCCACAAGCAGAGUAUGUCCCUCCAUUGAAGUUAAAAUAGGGGAAAAACAACACUGGAGCUACAAGGUUUUCACACAAUGUUAUGAAAGCUUCUUUUUUUUUCAAAAACAAUGUUUUGUCCUUUAUGUGCACACUUUUAAGAAAACACAUGUUACUUGUGCCAAUACAACAAACUAUUUUGCUCUGUAGUAUUGGUUUACUCAUCCACUGAGAAUAUAAUUGAAUAUAAUAACACUUGCAAAUAAUACUGUACACAGCUUUCUGUGAUGUCUAAAUAGCCCAUACUGAUAUUUUUAGAUGCAGCAUUUUGAUUUCCUUGUGCAAAAAUGUUUUAUGUACUAGGCCUCGAACCUGUCUGCCUGCUGACAAACUGGGAAAUAAAAAUGCCUCGUAUAGUAUAGAGACACUUUUAUCAGGUCUCCUUGAGGCCGUUUUCUUCAAAGCCCAACAACCUUCACACAUGCCGGUCUCUCCUCUCUGUCACAGUCUCUCUCAAGGCCCAAAAAACACUGAGGCAAGGCUACGCCAGUUAUGUAACAUCGGUCAAAUUUAAAAACGGAUAUGUUAAAUUAUCAGUAAAU